GUGCGUGUGUGUGCAAGGGAUGAGUAGGCGAGAGUAUGCAGGGGCGAGAGGCGGACCGGGUGCGGGGCUAAGACGGAAGAAGGCGCGGAGGGAGGCAAAGGGCGCGCGCGGAGCGGGGAAAGUGGACCAACUCCCCCGGCUGCUCCUUCCGGAUCGGGAGUUUGUUCCUGGGGAUGCCCGAUUCCUUGUGGAAUUACGGUAAUGAGCCGCUCAGCUCAAGGUGAUAGUCCUCAUGGUGCACAGAGGAAGCCGGUGAAUGAGUGUGCGGGGCCAGGCCUGCAGGUACACUUUGUGUGUGAUACCCAGGAAUGUUUCCUGAGACCCUUAUUGUGAGUGUGUGUGGCUGAUGGUCCCAAGCCCUACUGCAAAGUAUCCUACGUCUGAUAAUCCACCCUUCCCGGAAAGUGAGAUGGCCCACAGAUGCAUAUCAUAACAAAAAGGGAGAAAUCAGAAGCGGUCGCCAAAGUUGAAGUUUUUAUCCUGGGCUGGUGCUACCUGUGAUUCUUCAGCAUGACAGGGCCUAAGGAGAUAGUAAACGAAAGCCUCUCGGAGGCAGGAGAGGAAGAAGAUGCAUUGUGGGAAAAGAUUGAGAGUGUCCGGCACAAGCUGACCCGCUCUCUGAACCCAGCCAAACUGACUCCAUACCUCCGCCAGUGCCGUGUGAUUGAUGAACAGGAUGAAGAGAUGGUGCUGAGUCCCCAUCAGUUUCCAUGCAAGAGCAAUCGGACCGGACUCCUCAUGGAUAUCUUGCGAAACCGAGGGAAAAGAGGCUACGAAGCAUUCCUAGAAUCCCUGGAGUUCUAUUACCCUGAGCAUUUCACCCAGCUGACGGGGAAGCAGCCAGUUCAGCGUUGCUCAAUGAUCCUGGACGAGGAGGGCCAUGAAGGCCUGACUCAGUUCCUGAUCAUGGAGGUGAAGAAGAUGAGGGCUCAGCGGAGAGCGCAGUUGGAAAAGGAACACGGGCUCCAGGCAAAGAACCGGGCCUUGGAGGAGGAGGGCGCCCAGCUGAAGCAGCAGCUCCAGAAGCUGCAGAAGGUGCAGGAACGUUACCAGAGGUUCCAGGAGGAGUGGGACUCCCACAGCAUGGAGCUGCUGAAGCUGAAGGAGGACAACUACAUGCUGGCCAUGCGCUACACCCACCUGUGCGAGGAGAAGAACGCUGCUGUUCUCCGAAGCCGGGACCUGCAGCUGGGGGUAGACCAGAUGAAAUGCAAGGUCAGCAGCCUGGAAGAAGAAUGCUCCCUACUUAGGAAGCAGGCAUUGGCAGCUCCCCAGAGAGACAUGGAGGAUCGUGGCCUUGCUGACACUAUUUGUGAGUUGCGAGCAGAGAACCAGAGACUGAUAGCUUCGCUUCAGGAGCUGCAGAGCAGGCUGCAGGUAGCAGGUGAAGGUCCAGUCCCAGGCUCUGAGAGGAUCCUUCUAGACAUUCUGGAGCACGACUGGAAGGAAGCGCAAGCAGACCGGCAGGAACUGUGCCAGAAACUGGACUCUGUGCAAAAUGAGCUGCAGUGGGCCGAGGAGCUGAGAGAUAAGUAUCUGCAAGAUAAGGAAGAUCUCCAGCUGAAGCACCAAACUCUGCAGAAGAACUGUGACCUGUACAAACACAGAAUGAAUACCGUGCUGGCUCAGUUAGAGGAGAUCGAGAAGGAAAGAGAUCAGGCAAUCCAGAGCCGAGAUGGCGUUCAGCUGCAAUACUCCCAAAUCCUCAUUGAGAAGGACCAGUACCGCAGGCGUGUCCGGGCCUUGGAGGAAGAGAGGGACGAGCUGCUGGGCAGACUCACAGAGGCCGAGGGCAAGAUUGGCACCCUUGAGGCUCAGGUGCAGCGAUGCCAUUGCACCAGGGGCCUAGGCAAGAAGAUGUGUUCCUCCUCCCAUUCGCUCUGCUCCAUCCUAAGCAGCACUUGGAGCAUGGUAGAGAAGCCUCCAUCGCUGGAGGGUGGAGUGGUCGAUACGCCAGGUGUCUUGGACGUUGUCUUCCCUGAUGACUGUAUAAGCCAGAACGGGGAAGUGACUCCAGAGCGCGAGAGAGAAAUAAACCGCCUUUCCAUCUUCCCCUUCCCCCCCUGCACUGGCUCCAUUCUUCGGCGGCAGCGUGAGGACGGACCCACCCCCAUCAAGAGUUGGUCCUGUGGGUCCUUUGGCAGCUUGGAAGACUUAACAGGAAGUGCCAUCAACACUCCUUCAUCUGCCAGAUCCCGUUCCUCUUCCAGCAGUGCCUACACCAGGGCAAAGUCAGAAAUCUGCUUGUCUAGAACCUCUGUCAAGCAGGACUUCUCCAGGAGGUCUGUUGUGGUGCAUCUGCCUCACACAGGGCCCAUGGAUGUCCCAGCGCCCCAGAGCAGCGGACUGUCUGGGGACAUCUCCAUCCUUGGAGGAAACACAACUGGGAUUUAUGUCCAGUGGGUGAGGCCAGGCUCAGAAGCGGAGUGCGUGGGGCUCAGAGAGGGAUGCCGACUCCUAGAGCUUAGGGGUCCGCUGCUAAACGGGGAAGUGCUCUCUCUGGAGAACUGCACCCUGGAAGUAGCUUACCUGAGUCUGCUGCACUGGGAUGAUCCAUCUGCUCUGCUUUUCCUCCCUGAUAUGAGAGGAUACCAGCCUCUCAAAGAAGCACUGGAUGCUGGGAAGAAGGUUCCUGGCGACUCCUUUUACGUGCGGGCCAACCUGAGCCUCCUGGAGCUUGCCAACCCUUACGCCUUGUGCGUGAAGCACUGGGAGAUCCUUCACGUCACGGACACUUUGUACAAGGGGCGGCUGGAGUGGUACUGUGCCCGCGUGGAUCCCUUCACCCUCCAGGACUUGGACAGUGGCACGGUACCUAACUACAGCAGGGCUCAUCAACUCUUGAAGAUACAGGAGAAAAGUCAAGUGGCAGCCCAGCAAAAAGGCUGCAAGACUAAGCUGAAGAAACGGGCCCUGGACCAGCUUCGCCUGGUGAAACAUAAGCAGCAAGGGGGGCAGAGUGAGGAGGCCCCUUGGCAAGAGCUUUGCCCAGGUGGAACUGAAAAGCCCUACAGCCCAGUAUGCCCUCUCGUGGUUCAGACCCGUCGUCCUGUCAUGCUCUCACCUGCAUGCUUAGCAUCCCGUCUCAUUAAGAACCUUCUGGCUCUCCCUUCCUCCCAUCAGGACUUUUGCUCGUGCCCAUCUGAUGCCCCUCCUGACCAAAGACUCUCCUCUGCCUCCUCCAAGAAUAUUCUUAUUGCUGAUGGGAUCUCUGAAAGCCAGAGGAACUGUGGGAAGAUGCGCAUCAUCAAGGAGGCUAUUGGAAAGAACAAACACUGCCUGCUGGAGCUGGAGGUCCAGGUGGCGAGGGAACUAAUUAAAAGUGAAAUAUACCCCAUCGUUAUCCAUGUCGAGGUCACAGAGAAGAACGUCAGGGGAGUCAGGAGCUGGUUGGGGAAGCCAGGGCUUCGCGACUCGGAGGUGCUGAAGCAGUGCCGGAAGGCCAAGUGGACUCUGCACACUUUGCCGUGCUUGGGGGCCUGGGUGGAUCCUCACGCCUGGGCCAGUGCGGAGGAGCUGGUGAAGGUGGUGCGGGCCCACGUCUUCCAGGAGCAGACCAGGAUUGUGUGGGUCGAGGAGAGGGAUUUGUGAUGGGUGUCUGGAGGUGUCUGCAAGCAGAAAAGCCUCUGCAGGACAGGGGCUUCGAUCCACGACCCGCUGAUGAUGUUCUGGAUCUGUGAUUCACUCCAGAUAUCCUACAGACAUAGCCCAUUUCCUUUGUGGUCCAGUCGUUCCCUCAAUUAGCCCGAGAACGGGAAAAAUGUGCCUCUGCAUUUCACUGCUUCCAGUAUCGACUCCACUCUCCCAGGCCCUUCCUCGUUUCCUGUGUUCUCUGUGGCUGUUGUCUCUACCUCUAUUCACAUCCUGAUGGAAGUAUGUGUGUGCGUUAGGGGGGGAUGAGGAGCCCUCGCACGCACGCACAUGGACAUACAUUGUCCCCUUAGCCAGAGGGUCUGUGAGCGGGCAGGAGAGACACCCUCUGUGCCCGCCACUUUCUUGUGCCUAAAUUAUUGAUGGACCCUUAUUAUCGAAGACCGGAAUAUGGAAAGAGAAUUAAACAGCAUUAACAAUGGAAAUGAA